AUGCGGACUAGAAGAGGACUCAUCCUUUGCAUUACUGCACUGAUUGCCUGCAUCAUCUGGCGUCUGAGUUUUAUCUGGCGACCAAAUUUUGGCGGAAAUCGUGUUGUGACGGUGGCGUUCGAUUAUCCGCCAGCGAUUGACAAACGAUCACCGAAUACCGAUGUGCUAUUCCGACAGGCCCGUUUAACCGUCAACGAACUGUGGAGACUGAGUAAUGCCCAGUUCCACACCCGCAACCAGACAUCUCUAUCAAUAAGCCGCUUAAACAAUCUCCUGUCUCAAGCUACACUUCAGCUCACGGCGAGACUGGAUCUGCUCAACAAACUCAGUGGCCGGCGUGAGAGUAGACGUCAGAAGGUGGAUGCAUUGAGCUCAGAACUGCGACACCAAAUUUCGAGGAUACAGAAUCCUCCCGACUGCAGUCAGUCGCCCUUCGCUCUGGCAGAACUGCGUUAUAGUUGCGGAUUUGGAUGUUCUGCUCAUCACAUGGUUCUGAAGUUUUCAUUUGCUUUUGCAACCAAUCGCACACUGCUGCUGCAGCACAAUGACUGGGAGAACUUCUUUAUGCCGUUAUCUAACUGCUCGCUGAAGCACGCCGAAGGACAGUCAAACAUUCCUCAUUUAGAAAACAGGCUUCCCAAUAUCAGCAGACGCUAUCAUGCGCCUGCUAUGCCAAGCCCGUGGUCCAGUAAACUAGGUACGACAUUGGGUGAUCCCUUUCCCUGGUACCGUGGACACCUGCUGGAUUAUAUUCUUCGUCCAAGAGAUCCGACGCUGCGACAUGAAUUAAAAAUGGAGUUGCAGAGUAUAAGGAAGAGUUCAGACGCCGAAUCAUACAACGGACCAAUCGCCAGCAUACACAUUCGUCGAACCGAUAAACUCCAUUCUGAGGCAAAGUUCCAUGCAGUAGAGGAGUACAUGUUUCACGUUGAACGUUUCUUUGAGUUAAAGGAGGUGGAAUAUGGCUUGGAAACUGGCAGUACAAGACCACCGCCGUGGUCUCGACGACGACGUGUCUUCUUGGCUUCUGAUGAUGCAUCCGUUUUCCAGGAGGCUAAAUCGAAAUAUCCAAGAUAUGAAUUUAUUGGUCAACAGAGAAAUGGAAGUGCAUAUAAGAAUCGUUGGUCUACCACAGGUGUGUUUGCCAUCCUCGUGGAUCUGCAUCUUUUGGUGUCGUCCGACUUCCUCGUCUGUACCGCCAGCUCCAAUGUUUGCAGGCUUGCCUACGAACUCCUCUCGGCAAAGUCCCCGAUUCAUGGUGAUGCUGCAUACCAGAUGCAGUCAGUGGAUCAGAUGUACCACUGCGUCCAUUCGCAAAGACGCUGGUGGAUAGCCAUUGCAGACUUCAGGCAAGAGGGCGUCAAGUUAGGGGACCUUGUUUCUAUCUCAUCAACAAAGUGGGACGGCUUUGUCCAGGCGAAAUGGAAGCUGCCCAUAACUCGUGAGGAUGCACUGCCCGCUUAUCUAUUUGAAGAGGUUGUUCAAACUAUCUAG